CACAAAAAACUCCUCACAUUUUCAGUGGGCCAGAGCUAUGAAGUGUUUAAAAUGUUAAAAUGCAAUACACUCCAAACACAUUCAUAUAUAGCCCUCAGAUAGACCUAAGUUGCCCAAGACCACUUUACGUUCGUAGGACUACGUAUCCCAGAGUGCACAAGUUUUGUCGUGAAGGACUGUGGGUAGCGCGCACACAUGUGCAGCAAAUGUAGUCGCUCCUGACCAGGAUUUGUUUGCUAGAAAAUUAACACACUUUGUAUGUUUUAUUGGCUAAUAGGUUAAUAGGUGUGUACAAUACGAAUGUCUCGUAAUCUAUUGUUUCAUUAUUGAUAUUUCAAAUCUACUGUGAAAAAGGUACCUGAACGGUAGGAGAAAAUUGCCUUACUAGCCAGCCGGCUAACAUAUCACCACGUACUUCACACACGUCUCCGACUAAUUCGAGCAUGGAUAAAGAUUCGUUUUUGAAAAAAGCUUCUCUACUUUAUAAAGAUAGCUGCCCGGAACUGUCUCGAUUUCUCAUGCAAACCCAGCAGAUGAAUGGAUCUAAAUCGUCUAGCUGUGUCGAGAAGCUGUGUCCGUUCUGCUUCCAGUGGCGGGAGCCGGACAACCACCGGGUGCGGCUGCGGCCCAAACGCAGACCGUCGGCCCACCUGCAGAGGCUGCUGGGGAGGGAAGCCAAGGGUCGCAAACUCAGGCUGGAGGAGAGCGAUGCCCUCUGCAGGUUCAGGAGGUCCUCCAGCUGUCUGAUGGCCACCUGUCACACCUGCAAUAAGACAUCCAGAACAUGUGGACCAAACAGAGACUUUCUCACAGGUCUGGUGAAGAACCCAAGCACCCCGAGAAACGCAGGCAAGCGCAAGAACCCACAGUCCACCAGUAAAGGAAGUAUGUCUACUCCGAGCUCAGCUUCCAGUCAGAAAUCCCCUUUUAGCACACCAAGGACGGUGUCCUCUGACUCCACCAGUUCAUCAAAGUCGUCCAGCGUGAAGAAGUCGGCUUUCUCUCGGCUCAAGAAGCUGUUGUCGCUGGAAGACAGCCCCAAGACUAAGAAGGGGGGUCUGAAGGAUUUCCUGUCAGCACUCUGAAGAGGCGGCUGCAUCUGCCAUACGAGUUGGCACCUUAUUGACAGGCUCAAGCUUAUUUAGAACACCUCUUGCACAUCACGCCAUAAGGACAGAUGGUGGAGAAUAUAGUGAGCUGGGCUGAAUGGGAGAGAUGUGGUCACCUAUGUAAUUAGUGCAACAUUGUUUGUAAGGCUCAUGUACUGUUCUAUCACCCAGGCCCGUGUUGGGGCUAAGGGUAAUGCUAACAUGGCCCACCUCCUCCGGCCUCACACAGAGAGCGUUCUGGGCUCUGCAGGCCCUGGUGUGCCACAAUUUGGCCUCCUUUCUCUUGUCACUUUUGAUCAGAGUUGGUUGGUUGCUUUCCAUACCUGUGCUAUCAAAUUAGCGUAAAAACCCUGAAUUACAAUAAGAUAUAUAGAUAUAUAUAUAAUUUUUUCUUACUCUACAUUAUGUUUUCUAAUGUGAAGUUGUCUUCACAAAUGAUGGUUCAGUUUACUUGUCUCCUGUCUUGCUGUCAUGUUUAUCUAUGAUGUUAAAGGAUCCCUUUUUUUUUUACCUCACUUUUGAGAGUGAAAAAAUCAUGGGAAAUACUAAUGGCGGUGUAUUUAUUGUUCUGUUAUUAAGAUCACAGUGCCACUCUUUCCUAAUAAUCACAAAAUAAUCAUACUAGUCAGCGCUAGUAUCAUGGAAAAGGGAAGGCGCUGAAAAUGUUUACAUGCAACUAUGCAAGUUUUUUUUUUUAAGUGAAGACCAAAGUCAAGCAUUUCUGUGGUUGAUACUUUGGCAAAAAGAAUCCUUUUCUGCCUUUUAUCAUACGUAAUGGAUUUAAGUAGCAAUGAAAACUCCAAUGUCGUCAGUGAUAUUUCAUUUUGUAGAACUUUGGAUCACAUUUAGCCAUUUCACCCCAUUUUGAAUGUAUUCAGAAAAUAAAAUAUUUUUUGUCA